GCACUAUAAAUAAAUUCGCGCAAUGGAGCGAUUCUACAACGCAAAGCCCACUGUUUGCACACUAAACUGACUAACGCAUUUAGUCAAAGUCUCCUCGAACUCUACAGCAUCAUGCAGUGCCAGAAAGCAACAGUUCAAAUGAACGGGCUGUGCAAUGUGAAGAAGGUGGCGGAUCUGUGCAGUGUCAACGGCUUCAGCGAGGCGGCGCUCGACAAGAAAAAGCACAACAAACCCGACGAGGUGACCCUGUCAACGAUGGAGGAGGCCUACAGCACCAUCUUGAGGGGACUGGGCGAGAACACAGAGCGCCAGGGGCUCAAGAGCACCCCCGGCAGAGCAGCCCGAGCUAUGCAGUUCUUCACAAAGGGCUACCGCGAAACCGUCCAGGAUGUGCUCAAUGACGCUGUCUUUGAUGAAGACCAUGAUGAAAUGGUGAUUGUGAAAGACAUUGAAAUGUUUUCCCUCUGUGAACAUCACUUGGUGCCUUUCUUUGGCAAGGUCCAUAUAGGAUAUCUGCCAAACCAGAAGAUUGUUGGGUUAAGCAAACUGGCAAGGGUUGUAGAAAUGUACAGCAGAAGACUACAAGUCCAGGAAAGACUAACUAAGCAGAUUGCUAUAGCAAUCGUAGAAGCUCUGAAGCCAGCUGGAGUGGCAGUAAUAGUUGAAGCAGAGCACAUGUGCAUGGUGAUGAGGGGAGUUCAAAAAAAGAAUAGCCGGACCAUUACCAGUGCCAUGCUGGGAGUGUUCAGAGAAGAUCCCAAAACCCGUGAAGAAUUCCUCUCAUUGAUAAAGAGUUAAUUUCUUAUAGUAAUCUCAUCAAGGUACAUAAAACUCUCUGAUGCUCUGCUAUUUGAGGACCUGCUUGGUCUAAAGGACACUUUUUUAAGGUAUUUUUCUAUUACUUGUUUUUAAACAUAGUUCCAACGUUUAUUACAAAAUGUGUCAACUACAUCUCUGACAGACAUACCAGCUUUAUAUACAAAAACUAUGACAUACUAACUAUGAUAACAAUGAUAUCCAAUAUCCAUUUGGAAUUUUUAGCAAUAUACUGUAAAAUUAAAAAAAAUACAGACAGACUACUACUUUUGUGUACUGACUGUCAUAGUACUAUGUGGCCUUUUAAAUUUGACUUUGAAACUUUUCAUAUGGGCCAGGUCAUAAAGGAUGGAUGAGUGUCUGCAGUGGUAGUUUAUGGCGAUUACUAGGUUACUAAAAUAUGCAGUCUCACAUUUAAGAUAUUUCUUUCUUUUUUUUUUGGUAACUGUUCUACUUCAGACUGAGCUGGAUCUGUACUACCUCACAAGAAGGAACAUUUGAUUUGGUUUGUGUGCGCACUGCAGUCCUUUCUUGAUGAGUGAUACUGAUUAAAAUGUGAUCUGAACUAGAAUUUGUACUGUAAAUGCUACUAUUAUAACCAUAAGGGGUUUUCAAAUGAGCCUUGCACUUCUUAAAGAAACAUACUUUAUAUGUGUGGUACUUGUUAUUAGUAGAGUGGCUGAGAGAAAACGGCCAUGAGUCACAUGCCAGAGCACUGAGGCUCAAACCAGUGGCAACAUAAUAACAGGACAAUAGCCUGAGUGCUCAUUGACAACUUUGAGAAGGAAAUGCCAGUGUGCAGCUCAGAUUUAUCUAAUGUUUUGUUUCUUUAAAUCAUGUAUAGUCAUGAUUUUAACAAUGGCCUUAGAGCAUACUCUUUUGUUUAGAUUUUUAUUGCAUUAUCUCAGAUAUUUGAAGUGUACUGUAAUUCUGAAUUGCUUUGUGCUGUCCGUGUCAGAUGUUUUCCACUACUGUAUUUUCAAUGCCUAAUAAACAUGACACAGUAUGACUUAA